CCGCGCGCAGUGCAGUCGAGAUGCUUCAGAUCACCCCCUUAGCUGUUUAGUCUUUUGGCCUCCACCUGGAACGAGUCGUGGCGGCUUACUGGGAAGCUGAGCAAGAUGGAGAAGCGAGGCCGAGGCCAGAAAUCAGGCUUGGGCCAGGGCCCGCAGCCUCAGUCAGUGGGGUUUAAAAAAGAAAGGAAGACUAGCAUGUUCGAGAAGGAGGCAUAUGCACAGAUCUUAAGAGAAAGACUAAGAGAAUCAGUUCAUGAUGUUCAAUAUGUAGAACCUCCAUUUGAUGACUCAAUUGCUGAUAUAGGUAAAGAAUGGAAGAGUGACCUGUCAAAAUUAAAGUUUGCUAAUUCAUAUAGAAUGGAGCCUAUGAAGAAAUUUCAAGCUCAUUCAGUAGAAACUAAAGUUCAACAGAUAUUAAAGGAAAGUCUAAAAGAUGUUAAAUAUGAUGAUAGAGGCUUAUCUCAAUUGUCUCUUCAGUUGGCAGACCAAAUAUUGCUAGCAGUCAAAGAAUUUGGGUUCCACCGUUAUAAGUUCGUUAUAAAAGUAUUAUUUAUUCAAAAGACCGGCCAAGCAAUAAAUGUUGCCAGCAGGUGGAUCUGGGAUGCUGCAUGGGACAACUGGGUAGAAGCUAAACAUGAAACUGAAUCUUAUGUGGCAUUGGCCUUGGUGUUUGCUGUUUAUUGUGAAUAGCUAAAUACAUAUACUAAACAAUUUACUUUCAAACUUUUAAAAAAUAAAUGAA